ACAGUAUUUCGCCGCGCAGUGCUUCGAAAUUGGUCUGUCAUUUUCUCAUAGAGCUCUGUUUUGUAAGCAAACAAUUUCUAGAGCCGUUUGCUGCGGGCUUUUAAACACGGGUAAAAACUCUGGAUACCUUCCUGGGUCAACUGUUUCUUCCCUUUUGCCUGAAAUAUCUGAUUUAGUGAAUGAGCUGCAUGGAGGAGGACGCGGCUUUCUACUGAAGGUGGAGAGUGAUCUGGAUACAAAAUAAGGAGCCUCUCAUUUUCCCUACGUUAAUUUCUAAUGGACGGAUAUUAGAUAUUGACUGCAGAUCCACAAAUCAUCUUCCAGGAAAGGAGAGUUCGUCGAAGUGCUUAUCUGAAUUCGAGCAUCAUCUUUCCUUUCGAGAGUGGUCUUCUUGUAAGGUGAUAAACCGCACAAGGACGAUAUUCUAAGGAAAAAAAAGACAAUUACACGAACAGUUCCAUUCUUGUUCUUUCUAAUGGCAGGACUUGAAGGAGAUCAUUGCUGCACGCUGAUCAGCAGCUUCUGAGACGCGGACUGAACACCGUGGUUAGCUCUGAAAUGUGAUGCACUGGAUUUUAACAGCACACUGACCAGACAAGGAACAUUUACAGGCAGGCUUGCAGUGAUAUCAUUCAGAUCUGAGGUGUCAGAGAAGCAGUCCAGCAAACAGCUGCUCGGGCUCAACUGGGAAGGCUCAAUCUGGUGGUGGAUCUUCUGCGGAGGCCAUGUGGACGACACAGCUGCUGCUCCUUGCUGCUCUGUGCGCACCAGCCGCUCACGCCUUCAGCCGGGCCCCCAUCCCCAUGGCGGUGGUGCGCCGGGAGCUGUCGUGCGAGAGCUACCCCAUCGAGCUGCGCUGCCCGGGCACCGACGUCAUCAUGAUCGAGAGCGCCAACUUCGGGAGGACGGACGACAAAAUCUGCGACGCCGACCCCGCCCAGAUGGAGAACACGCGCUGCUACCUGCCUGACGCCUAUAAGAUAAUGUCCCAAAGAUGCAAUAAUCGGACACAGUGUGCCGUCGUUGCAGGACCAGAUGUUUUUCCCGACCCGUGCCCAGGAACAUACAAGUACUUGGAGGUUCAAUACGAAUGUGUUCCAUACAAAGUGGAACAAAAAGUUUUUCUCUGCCCUGGCCUGCUGAGGGGAGUAUACCAGAGUGAGCACCUCUUUGAAUCUGACCACCAGUCAGGGGCUUGGUGCAAAGAUCCUCUCCAGGCAUCGGACAAGAUCUACUACAUGCCUUGGACGCCCUACAGAACAGACACGCUAACAGAGUAUUCCUCUAAGGAAGACUUCAUUGCUGGCAGGCCCACGACCACGUACAAACUCCCUCACCGUGUGGAUGGGACUGGGUUUGUGGUGUACGACGGAGCUCUGUUCUUCAACAAGGAGCGCACGCGCAACAUAGUUAAGUUCGACCUCCGCACCCGCAUCAAGAGCGGAGAGGCCAUCAUCGCCAGCGCCAACUACCAUGACACCUCCCCCUAUCGCUGGGGUGGGAAGUCAGACAUCGACCUGGCGGUGGAUGAGAACGGGCUGUGGGUGAUCUACGCCACCGAGCAGAACAACGGGAAGAUCGUGAUUAGCCAGUUAAACCCGUACACGCUGCGGAUCGAGGGCACCUGGGACACAGCGUACGACAAAAGGUCUGCGUCCAACGCCUUCAUGAUCUGCGGCAUCCUGUAUGUGGUGAAGUCCGUUUACGAGGAUGACGAUAAUGAAGCCACGGGAAAUAAGAUCGAUUACAUCUACAACACUGACCUGAGCAAAGAUGGAUACCUUGACAUACCGUUUCCUAAUUCCUACCAAUACAUUGCUGCAGUGGAUUACAAUCCCAGGGACAAUUUGCUGUAUGUCUGGAAUAACUACCAUGUAGUGAAGUACUCCCUGGACUUUGGAGCACUGGACAACAGGCCAGAAUCAUCCUCCUCAGUGCUUGUUUUCAUGGACACCACCACGACAAGAACAACCACAAGAUCAGUCCCGGUCACCACCACCACUACCACCACCACCAGGGCGACCACCACCUCCACUGCCAGCCAGCGAACCCGGACCACUACCACCCAGGCACCAGCAGAGGGCAAUGUACCAGAAAUCGUGACACGGCCAGCACCCUCCUCUCAACUGCCCAACAUCGGCAUGGACCACUGCAAUGCCAUAGAGGAGUCUGAUAUUUUGUGGCCCCAAACACAACAAGGACAGGUUGCUAAGCAGCCAUGUCCUACAGGAACUAUCGGGGUUGCUACAUAUGUGUGCAUGGCACCUGACGGCUUCUGGGAUCCUCAAGGGCCAGACCUCAGCAACUGCACCUCCCCCUGGGUCAACCAUAUAACACAGAAACUGAAGUCUGGGGAGACGGCGGCCCUCAUUGCCAGGGAACUUUCAGAGCAAACCAAGAGUCACAUCCACGCUGGGGACAUCUCCUACACGGUCAAAGCCAUGGGCCAACUGGUCGACCUGCUAGAUGUCCAGCUGAGGAACCUCACCCCCGGGGGAAAGGACAGUGCUGCCCGCAGCUUAAAUAAGCUGCAGAAAAGAGAGCGCUCUUGCCGGUUUUAUGUACAGGCCAUGGUGGAGACUGUGAACAAUCUACUCCAGCCUCAGGCUCACGCUGCCUGGAAAGACCUUACCACUAGCGACCAGCUGCGAGCCGCCACCAUGCUGCUGGACACUGUAGAGGAAGGGGCCUUUGUGCUAGCGGACAAUCUGCUGAAGACAGACAUCGUGCAGGAGAACACCGAAAACAUACAGCUGGAAGUGGCAAGACUGAGCACAGACGGAAACCUGGCUGACUUGAAGUUCCCUCAGAGUGGUGGACAUGGGAACUCCAUCCAGCUGUCUGCGAACACUUUAAAACAACAUGGGCGGAAUGGAGAGAUCAGGAUGGCGUUUGUUUUGUACAAACACCUGGGAGCUUAUUUGUCCACUGAGAAUGCCAGCAUGAAGCUGGGCGCUGAAGCCAUGUCUACCAACUACUCUGUCAUUGUCAACUCUCCUGUUAUCACCGCUGCUAUCAACAAGGAGAGCAACAAAGUCUACCUGACAGACCCCGUCAUCUUCACAGUCAAGCACUUACAGCAAUCAGAAGAAAAUUUCAAUCCGAACUGCUCUUUCUGGAGUUACUCUAAACGGACCAUGACAGGAUACUGGUCGACCCAAGACUGUCGAUUACUGGGAACCAACCGGACACACACCACCUGCUCUUGCACACACCUCACCAACUUUGCUGUGUUAAUGGCCCAUGUAGAGGUGAAGAACGCUGACCCUGUUCACGACAUGCUGCUGGAUGUCAUCACCUGGGUGGGCAUCCUGCUGUCCCUGGUCUGCCUGCUCAUCUGCAUCUUCACCUUCUGCUUCUUCCGCGGCCUCCAGAGCGACCGCAACACCAUCCACAAGAACCUGUGCAUCAGCCUCUUCGUCGCCGAGUCGCUCUUCCUCGUCGGGAUAAACCGCGCCGACCAGCCGAUCGCCUGCGCCGUCUUUGCCGCACUCCUCCACUUCUUCUUCCUGGCCGCGUUCACCUGGAUGUUCCUGGAGGGGGUGCAGCUCUACAUCAUGCUGGUGGAGGUGUUCGAGAGCGAGCACUCCCGCAGGAGGUACUUCUACCUGGUGGGCUACGGCAUCCCUGCGCUCAUAGUGGCUGUGUCUGCUGCAGUGGAUUACCGCAGCUAUGGGACAGACCGAGUAUGCUGGCUGCGGCUCGACACCUACUUCAUCUGGAGCUUCAUAGGUCCGGCAACCUUGAUAAUUAUGCUUAAUGUUGUCUUCCUUGGGAUUGCACUCUACAAAAUGUUUCAUCACACGGCCAUACUCAAACCAGACUCAGGCUGCCUGGACAAUGUCAAAUCCUGGGUUAUAGGUGCGAUCGCACUUCUGUGUCUUCUCGGAUUGACUUGGGCCUUUGGACUGAUGUACAUCAAUGAAAGCACAGUCAUCAUGGCUUACCUCUUCACGAUAUUCAACUCAUUGCAAGGGAUGUUCAUCUUCAUAUUCCACUGUGUCCUGCAGAAGAAGGUACGUAAGGAGUACGGGAAGUGUCUUCGCACACACUGCUGCAGUGGAAAGAGUGUGGAGACUUCCAUUGGCUCAGGGAAGAGCUCUGUUUCCCGCACACCUGGACGUUACUCCACAGGCUCACAGAGUCGGAUCCGCCGGAUGUGGAAUGACACAGUCAGAAAACAGUCUGAGUCUUCCUUCAUUACGGGAGACAUAAACAGCUCAGCAUCGCUGAACAGAGGGGCCAUGGCUAACCAUCUUAUAACUAAUGCACUUCUUCGUCCUCAUGGCACUAACAAUCCUUAUAAUACAUUGCUUGGGGAAUCGGCGGUCUAUAACAACCCUUCUGUGAGCAUGUACAACACACAAGGGCCCUACAGAGAGACAAAGGGAAUCCUGAACAAUGCCAGGGAUACAAGUGUCAUGGAUACUCUACCACUGAAUGGUAACCAUGGCAACAGCUACAGCAUUGCCAGCGGUGAGUACAUGAGCGACUGUGUCCAAAUCAUAGACCGCAGCUACAACCACAAGGAGACCACGCUAGAGAAGAAGAUCCUGAAAGAACUCACCUCCAACUACAUACCUUCUUACCUGAACAACCAUGAGCGAUCCGCCGAGCAGAACCGAAACCUCAUGAACAAGCUGGUGAACAACGUCAGCAGCGGCAGCAAGGACGACGGCAUCGUCCUGGACGACGUGGCGUCCUUCAACCACGAGGAGAGCCUGGGCCUGGAGCUCAUCCGAGAGGAGUCCAACGCGCCGCUGCUGCCCCAGAGGGCCCAGUCGACCGAGAACCACCAGCUGCACCACUUCUCCAGGAGGAGGAUCCCCCAGGAGAACAGCGAGAGCUUCUUCCCCCUGCUCACCAAUGAGCAUACAGAAGAGACCCAGUCGCCGCACAGGGACUCACUCUAUACCAGUAUGCCUGUGCUCACCGGCUUGGCCGAUGCAGAAACCAACAGCACUAAGGACGAGAUUGAGCCACCUGCAAGUAAAAGCACCGAUGUGGAUGAUGUUUACUAUAAAAGUAUGCCAAACUUGGGCUCCAGGAACCAUAUCCACCAGCUGCACACUUACUACCAGCUGGGAAGAGGCAGCAGUGAUGGAUUCAUUGUUCCUCCCAACAAAGAAGAUUUGUCCCCUGAAGAACCCCCUCAAGACCCUCCUCAUCUGGUCACUAGCCUAUAGAUGGAAAUUCUAUCACAUGGUUUCCUGUUCCGAUCAACCGUUAACAGUGGUAGACAUUUUUUUUUCUGUGUUCUGAAAAAUUGAAUGCCAUUCCAGUACUGACUGUAAAAGAAUAAAUGCUUAUGGGAUGGCUACAUACGUUGAUGUGUGUUUCAAUCGAAAAAAAAUAAUUCAAAACCUUGAGCGGAUUGAUGUUUUUCAAGGGGUUAAACAUGGACAGCAUUCUUAGGAUCUCAUCUCUGCAAUGUCUUUUGACAUCCCAAAGGAAUAACAAACAUGGCCCAAAACUUUCCUCCAUUAGUUGAGUGUGUAGAAUAAACAAAAGUAAAAACAACUAUUUUAUUAUACUUCUGUAUCCAUACUGGCUUUUUUAAAAUUUCUUCCUA